GUUUUAAAUCACAGUAAAAGACGCGCGAAGUCGGUGUUGGAUUCACACAUGGUUGCUAAUAUGUUUUUAUUGUUUGUAGUAAUGAAUAUUUAAAAAGUUACCCUUUUAACCUUGGCUCUAGUGAUAAUAGUUUUUCGUCUUUUUCAGUGGUUAUCACUGACCUAUAAAGCAAAAUCUAAAGCAACUGGUAAACAUAAUUCUGACAACAGUUUGUGGUUCCUUAAAACUUUGUGUGCGAUGCUAUAUUGUGACGCUAAUGGGGAAGGCAGCAAUUUUUGGUUUCUGUACACUACUAGCACUGUAUUGUACGAAUGCAGCAGGCCAUGAUACAUAUGAAUUAAGAGAUUUUUGCGUAAGAUUAACUAAAAACAAUACAGCUUUGAUAAGAUGGUUUGAUCCAAUGCCUUUGCGAAAGGAAAAGCAGUCUAGGGUUAUACCUUAUAUUAUUCAAAAAAUCUGGAUGAUCCUUUGGGGAUUUGGACGACAGUAUCUUUAGGUGUGUAUCCAAUGACUACCAUUCGUGACAUCUCCCUUGGCGAGGUUUACUUCUUUAAAGUUCGUGUUAACUUUUGGCAAUCGGACGCCCCCGGACUCUUAAGUGACGUUCAUCAUUUUAAAAUGUUAAAUAGAACAAAACCUUGUUAUGGAGAUGCAGAGCGCGCGUUAAAUGUACUACGAGCUGUUGCCACUUCAAAGUCAUCAGUAGAAGUGUGGUGGAAGUUACAAUACGAUCCAUACAAGGUUAACAGCAUUAUAAUUUUUUAUGGAACCAGUGAUUUGGGACCAUGGUAUAACAAAUCUGCGGGUUUGCAGAACUCGGUUGAACUUAUUGAUUUAGCUGAAAAUACAACGUAUUUCAUAGCUGUUGCAGCCAAGAGUGACUCCGGAAUACGUUAUUUUGUUCAAGAAUGUUCAGUAACAGUCGUUUUGGAAGAAGUUCCAAUGGAUCCAAAAGUAACGGACAUAACCGCAGAUUCUAUGGUUCUGGAAUGGUCUCCGCCACUACGCUUAUUCCCGAAAUAUUACAAAAUAUCGUACGACGCACUCAAGGAUUAUAUCGAUUCUGACGGAAUUAGACAGCAUUACGCCUUAGAUAAAACUGAGAUAGUAAUUGAUCACCACUUGACGUCAUACGAAUUAGUGGAUUUGAUGCCUUACACGAACUACUUUGUAAAUAUCAGCGCGGUGCCGGUAGAUUUAUCUUAUCGCCCUGCUGUUCGAGUAAAUGCAAGAACGGAAAUUGGUGCACCUGGAUCAAUGCAGAAACCGACCAUAUACGGCAUUAUACAUGGAGACAAUAUCCAAGUCUUGCUUCCGAAAGCUUCAGAAGAGAACGGUCCCAUAAACUAUUACUAUUUAGUUGUUAUUCCCGUCUCAGAUGAUGCAGAAAGCGACGUACCAUCGUCUAUGUAUAAAACAGAAGACCUAUUAGAUAAUCAGUGGUUUGAUGAUGAAGAUAUAGACGCACCGUAUAUAGCAGCAAAGUUUUCGUUUAAGAUCCCUUAUGCUUUUAUAUUGGGAGUGGGAGUUCAUGGUGGAUUUAAAAACCACAAAUUAGACAUGCAUAAAAGGUACAGGCUUUUUGUGAGAGCCGUAGUUGUAUCGUCACAAGGAAUGUUGGUUAGAGAUAGCCCAUAUUCGGAUUAUUUUUCUGUUGAAGAGAAAAGAAACUAUUUGUCUCACAACACGCACCUCGUAACCGGUAUACCUAGUACAUUUUAGUUUAUUGGCAAAGUACAAGAUACAAAUAAAUACUUUUAUAGAUA